CUUUUUUCUCCCUGAAAAAACAAAAAAAAAAUGACUUUUACUGAAAGACGAUUAGAUCUUGUCUUUUUUAUAUUCUUUAUUACUCAUAUUCCUAUUACUAUCUUUUUUGAUCUUCAAAGUAUUUAUCCAAAAUGGCUUGUACCUUCUGUUCUUCAACAAAUCCUUAACUUUUACGCGCAAACAACCAACGACCCCUUUAUGAAUGUAGCUAUUCCAAGAUAUUGGUUCCAAGCUCUUGUCUCCAUGGAAGCUUUAUGUCAAUUACCUUUCUUCUUUGUAGCUAGUUAUGCUCUUUAUUAUAAUAUGCCCUUCAUUCGACUCCCUCUUAUUGUGUAUGGCUCACAUGUGGUAACAACAGUUGUUCCUGUCCUGGCUGAAUUACUAUUAAAUCCAACAUUGGUAGGACUUGAACAAGAUAUGAUGAAACGAUGGACAUUGGUAGCCAUCUACAGUCCUUAUUUAUUGAUUCCUCUAGUUUUAUUGGUUGACUCUUAUCGACGUGUUUCGAAUGCUCUUGUACCAAAAUUUAAAUCAAAUUGAUCUCGGUGUUGCCAAAACAAGAACCCGGCUCUUCCCCUUCUUAUUAUUAUUUGUACGUUUCAAAAUAAAAUAGACUCUUUUUUUUUUGUUA